AUGUCCUUCACACAGCUGCCAGCCCCCGCACCCCCCCGUCACCGCCACCUCCCCCCCACAGCAGCAGCCGCGGGAGGGGGAGGGGCAGGGCAGAGGGUGCGCUGUCACUGGCGGUCGCGGGUGUCGCUGGCGGUGUCUCUGCUGGUGGUGUCUCUGCUGGCGGUGUCGCUGCUGGCGGUGUCUGUGCUGGCGGUGUCUCUGAUGGCGGUCCCGCCACGCCCUUCCCCCAUCCCUCUCAUCCCCCACUGCGAUUGUAGCUGCACACGGGGACAGCCGCGACAGGGGGUGACGAGAAGGGGCCACGACAGAGAAAGGGGAGGCGACGAGAGGCAAGGGGGACGGCGGCAAGGACUGCAGGUGCUGCUGGCGUCGCUGGUGCGCGUGCUGUUGCUGGGGGGUCUGACGGCGAGUCCGUCGGCUAGCUUGCUGGCGGGCUCGCGGGUCCGCUGGUUCACCUACUGGCGGGUCCGCGGGGCUGCUGGCUCGUUGGCUGGCGGGUCCUUCGGCGGGUUCGUGGGCGGGUUCGGUGACGAGCCCGUCGGCGGGUUCGUCGGCGGUCCCGUUGACUCGCGCGCAGACGGAUCCAUCGACAGGCUUGCUGAUGCGUGCGCUGGCGGGUCCGACGGCGGACUGGCUGACGCUCGCGCUGGCGGGUCCUCUGGUGGACUUCCUGGCGAGCGUACUAGCGGAUCCGUCGGCGGUUUUGCGGGCGUGCUCGCCAUGGGCCUCGCACGCCAUGGGCAAAAAAUACGAUCAAUGGGCGGAUCUACGGGCAGCAGCGGGCAGGAAUGGUGGGCCCAUUAA